GUCCAAAAUACUUGGUCUCCAAGUAUAGAUGUUGUGUAUUUAUAGAAUCUGUUGCAUUUCAUCUAAGUCAACCCCUCUGAUCAGAUCUACAUUAGGCCUCAAACUCUCCCUGUUGAAUCCACAUCCAAGUCCUACAGAGCAUUUCUGCCAUGGAUUUCAUUAAUGCGCUGAAAUCAGGAUUUAACCAACCAAUGAUGGGGGUGACUGAGAACAACUCAGCCACUUACUUGUCUUCUGGCAAUCCAUGCCUCGACUUCUUCUUCCAUGUCGUCCCCAGCACACCAUCGAGUCAGCUGCUCCAACGUCUUGAAGCCUCGUGGUCUCAUGAUCCCCUCACCACUCUUAAGCUCAUCUGCAAUCUUCGAGGCAUUAGAGGUACUGGGAAGUCUGAUAAAGAAGGGUUUUACAGUGCAGCGCUUUGGCUGCAUAAACAUCAUCCCAAAACUUUAGCAGGCAAUGCUCAUGUUUUUGCCUCGUUUGGUUACUUUAAAGAUUUUUUGGAGAUCUUGUUUAGGCUAAUUCAAGGUCCUGAUGCAAGAGCCAUACUUAAACAGGAAUGGAGAGCAAAGAAGAAUUCGAGAGGCAGGGGUAUAGAAGGUGUUCGUAAGGAUGUUCAUUUUAAGCUGGAUUCAAGAAACAAAAAGGAAAAAGAUAUUAGGAGUGCAGAGAAAAAACUGGUCAGGAACUUGAUAUCAAAAGAAGUACGGAUCGAGGACAAUAAGACCAAGAUGAUGGAAGAUAAAAAAAGGGCUAGUCAGUUGAGGAAGGAGAAACAUGCUGCAAAGGCCAAGAAAGCUAUGGAUAUGUACACUAAUGAUAUGAAUUAUCAGUUCUUUCAUGAAAGUGUUUCAACUCUUUUUGCUGAUUUACUCAAGGCGGAUAUGGAGUGGUUGAAUUUGGGAAAGACUAAUAAUAUUAGUCUGGCUGGGAAGUGGUGUCCCACGAUUGAUUCGUCAUAUGAUAGGUACACUUUAAUUUGUGCUAGAAUUGCAAAGAAACUAUUUCCGCAGGAGGUUUACUCUGAGUAUGAAGGGAUUGGGGAUGAUCAGUAUGUGCUUGCAGUUAGAGACAGGUUGAGGAAGCAAGUGCUUGUUCCGCUUCAUGAGGCGCUCAAGUUGCCUGAGGUUUAUAUGAGUGCAAGGAAGUGGAGCACUCUUCCUUACAAAAGAGUUGCUUCUGUAGCUAUGAAGACCUACACUGAUAUUUUCAUGGAUCACGAUAAAGAAAGGUUUAGCCAGUAUCUUGAAGACGUGAAGCAAGGGAAAGCAAAGAUUGCAGCCGGGGCAUUGCUUCCACAUGAUAUAAUCAGGUCUUGUUUGGCUGGUCAUAGUGAUGGACAAGAGGCUGUGGCAGAGCUGCAGUGGAAACAAAUGGUGGAUGAUAUGUUGAAGAAAGGCCAAUUUACGAAUUGUAUUGCGGUUAGUGAUGUCUCAGGAAGUAUGGUAGGUACACCAAUGGAAGUUUCUGUGGCCCUUGGUUUAUUAGUUUCUGAGCUAAGUGAUGAUCCGUGGAAAGGACAGAUAAUUACGUUUAGCUCUGACCCGGAGCUUCAAAUGAUUAAAGGAAGCAAUCUCCGGGAGAAGUGUCAAUUUGUUAAGGGAAUGAAAUGGGGUAUGAAUACUAAUUUUCAGAAGGUUUUUGAUCAGAUACUGCAGGUUGCGCUUGCUUCAAAUCUGAGCGAAGAGCAAAUGAUAAAGAGGGUGUUUGUUUUUAGUGAUAUGGAGUUUAAUCAGGCAAGUUGGCAUCCAUGGGAGACUGAUUACAUGGUGAUUCAGAGAAAAUUCAGAGAAAAGGGGUAUGAAAAAGUGCCUGAAAUUGUGUUUUGGAAUCUCAGGGAGUCUUCUGCAACACCAGUUAAAGCCACGCAAAAUGGUGUAGCUCUGCUUAGUGGGUUUUCAAAGAACUUGCUGACUAUCUUUUUCAAAGGAGGGCAUAUGAAUCCUGAAACUGUUAUGCAGGCAGCCAUUUCUGGCGAUGACUAUCAGAAACUAGUUUUAUAUGAUUGAUUGAUCGAUUGAGGAUAAUUUCAUAAUUACGCGUACUUUGGUUCUAAAAAUUAUAAUGUUAUAGUUGAUCUGCAUUCUCUGUACACAUGUAUAAUGCUACUUCUCUCUACUUUAUAAAUCCUACUACCAUUUUUGCUACGAAAUGUCUACUUUGUCCCUCUACAAAUUUCGUAUUUACAUUUAUACGGCCACUGGCCACGUGGCUUCCUCCUUACCACUUAUCUUCUUCCAAAUCUCCUAAAUUCAAAAAUCUUCUCUUCAAAACUGGUGCUCGACAUUUCAAUUAGGUUAAGUAACUCCUGCAGCUGCGCGACGUUUUGCUCGGUCGUUUUCUCAUCCUCUGCGCAUCGUCUUUCCACUGAGCAUCUCGCCUCUUCCCGUUUUUCUGAUUUGAUGGAGAAUAAUCAGAGCUCGGAGAAAUAUUUUUCGUUUAGAUCUGUGCCCGUGGAUUUUAUCCUCACAAAUGUUGUGUGUUAUACAUUUGACUGUUAUAGGCAGGUAAUGAUAUCUCUCUCUCUGUUACUUUUCAGAACUUAUUGUCUACUAUAGUUAUUAAUCGGACAAUUUUAAGAAAUCCAUAUGUAUUCUAAGUUAAUCUUAUGUUAUGAUGUGCCUUUUUUUAAAUGUUUCUACCUAAGUGUAAUUAUUUGUAUUACUUAUUUGUUAGAUUUUUAAUAUUUUAGGUGGAUUCAUAAUUAAUCGAGUUCUAUAGUCUCUCCUAUAUCCAUUUUCCCCAUGCCUCCCCCCACAUUGAGCUACCAAAGACAAGAUUUACCAUACAAAUACACACUCACUCACUCUGUAAUCUCUUCUCUUUGCAAGUGAAUGUUGUGAAUUUCCCUUGAGCUAGGGAAACAAAACCUUCAUGGAGAUGUCUACAGAUCAGAAGAUUACGUAUCAGCUCCAAAAACAAGAUGAACCCCAGAUGAGGAAAAAGGGUGGCCUAAUUACUAUGCCAUUCAUUAUAGCAAAUGAAGAAAUAGACAGGAACUUUUCAUAAUUAAGAGAACACCACAGACACAAUUGGUCACAACUCUCAAGAUAGCAGGAGUUUGCUGCAAAUGUUGGCUUUUAUGUGACAGUGGCACAAUCGACGGUCAGGGUGCUCUCUGGUGGCAACAAUUUCACAGGAAAAAGCUCAAAUAUAUGCGGCCUCACCUUCUUGAGAUCAUGCAUUGUGAUAAUAUCCAGAUUUGGAAUCUUACAUUUCUCAACUCCACCUCAUGGAAUGUUCAUCCUGUUUAUAGCAGAUUCUUGCACAAAUACAAGAUUUGAGGACACGUACAUAGUCUCUGGAGAUGAUUGCAUAGCAGUUAAAAGCGGUUGGGGUGAAUACGGUACCUCAUAUGGUAUGCCUACUAAAUAAUUCUUCUUCACUUAUUCUUCAGGGCCAGAAACUCUGCGACAGAACCUUACAUAGUUGGUCACAAUGAUCUUCUUGCUCAUUCAGCUGCCAUGGAUAUUUACAGGAAAAAAAAUACAAGGGAAGUUGACAUGGAUCAGUAGAGAUAGCAUUUGAUAGUUUGUGGUAUGAACCUGCAACAAACUCGACAGAAGACAUACAAGCUACAUAGCAAGCAAUAGAGUUUUUGAUGCAAGACACUUCAUUAAUUCUAUAGCAGAACUAAGAUUAUCUUCUAAUUCCACCUUCUUCCUUUAUACCUUCUUCUAUAAAAUUACGAGGUGUAAGUUUUGUUCUCUUUUAUUGGCUUUUAUUUUGUGGCAGAUCAAAUUUGGUAGUGCAUAUUGUUUUAUGUUCCAUAAAUUUAGAUUCACAUAUAUGAUUACUUUGUAUUAUCGAAUUUAAUUAGCAUGUCUUCCAUGUUUUUGAUAAAAACCCUGAGAUAUGUUUUUGUUUCUUUUACAGAUUUAAUAUUGUACGAGGUUAUUUUACAUCAUAUGUGUGAAAAAGGCUGGAGAAUGGUUUGCUUCCACUCAUAAUUUUUUGUUUUCCGUUAAUAUAUCAUUUUGCUCACCAAAUGUGUGAUACAAUAGGAAGACAUAAUAUUUAGUUUCAUUUAAAUGGUAUGGUAGGACUUCAUUUAUACAGGGAAUGGUAUUUUUUUCAUUUAUAUGUUUUGGCAUGUAUUAGAUAUAAUCUUCAUUUAAAAUCUUUAUUUGAAGUUUCUGUUGUGCAUAAGACUACUACUAGCAGACUUAUUCAAAUAGUUGUAUAGCUUUUUGCUGGGGUAGGGAUACGCUUCGGAGUCAUGAUUGCCCCGGUUUAUAUGUGUGAGAUAGCACCUGCAGUUGCGAGAAGCUCUCUAACCUCCUUCCUUGAAAUUUUUUAUAAAUUUGGAAAUCUAUCUUGGUUAUGUCUCAAACUAUGUAUUUUCAGGAUUACAUGUCCACAUAAAUUAGAGGGUCAUGAUUGUUGUUAGAAUUCUUCCCUCAACUAUUAUUGGUUGUGCUCUCUUCUUUAUCCCUGAGUCACCUACGUGGUUGGUAAUGAAACAUCUUAUCGAUGAUGCAAGAUUAGUGCUUUUAAAAACAAUUGAAAGUGAAAGAGAAGCAACAGGGCAUGGAAAUGCUGAACAGUAUGAAGAAAAAGCUGUUUGGCGUGACUGCUACAUCCUUACCCUGGAGUUUUAAGAAUGCUAUUAACCAGGUUGUGGAAUUUAGUGUUUUCAACAGAUUGGACUGUGUACUACAGCCCUAUAUUAUUUCAGGAUGCUGGGAUAUCAGAUAAGACCAGGCUUCUUGCUGCAACGGAUGCUGUGGGGUUCACAGAAAACAACAUUCAUAUUGGUAGCUAUAUUCUCAUUGAUAAAAUAGGGAGAAAGCCCUGCUUUAUGUGAUCAUGAUCCGAAAGACUAUUUGUUUGUUUACUUUGGGACUAGCACUGACGUUUCUGGAAAAUAGUAAAUUUGGAAUUGCUAUGGCUAUUA